AUGGAGGUAGGGAAUCCGACUCUGGCAACAGAGGCCGGAGAGACACCUCCAACAUCGGACCAGGAACAGGAAUUGUUGCGGUCUGAUAGAGGAGAUAGUCGGGAGGCAAAGGAACCUGAGUCAUUUUAUCAAGAGCGGUCCGACACUAGCACCCCAGAACAAGCAAGUAAACGUGCUAGGGCUGUUGCUCCAAGUUACAAGGCUGUCGCUGGAACUACUAGGGUGGGGCUUAUCCCCCCUGAUUACCCCAGCGCAGCAGGCUUCCUAGAGGCUGUGCCGAACAUGCCAGACCGCGGUCCGCAAGUGCGAUUCCAGGGCUUUACUCAUCGCUCAGGAUGGCUGCAAAUAACCUGUGCCGACGACAGCACUCUGGUAUGGCUGGAGGGUGCGACAAAGGACCUCAAGCCAUGGGUGGGGACAGAAAUACGCGUUGUGAAAGGCGUAGAUCUGCCAAUACCUCACGUCUAUGUGAUGUUCCUCCAUGACGACAAGGACGGUCAACGCCUUGCGCCAGAGGAGGUGCUACUCAGGCUGAGGAAGAUGAACCACGGCCUGAACACCCGAGAGUGGAUAAUCCUACAUCGGGAAAGCUCGGGCAUGGGUCAGACAUGGACAUCGACGACGGAUCCCUAG